GCUCCGUCCUGUUCUUUUUGUUUUUCUCCCCCGCCGUCAAGACUGGAAAGGAACGGAACCGAACGGGGAUAUAAAGUACAGAGGUACUCCCACCACACACACACACCACUUCCCGUCCACACUCGGCUUAAUCCAAUACUAUUCACUCAGUAUCGAUACCGCAUUCUAUAAAAGUACAUAUAACAUUUCGCCCACGCGACAAGAACACUCACCAACUCCCGAUCCGAUCUGUUGUCCCACGACCGACACACUCCCCCGUCCGAUCCUGUAACAACAACCAAAAAAAAACCAAGAAUUGAUCGCCUAGUCGAAUAUUCGAUUUAAAAUAACAAGCGACAACACCCGACCGGCCUCUCCUUGUCAUCUGCUCUCGACAUAGCAAGCAGGUACCCCGCGCGGACUUAUACCAGGCACUCCUGACUGAACGCUUACGACAUCGCUCCGCACUCAGCUUGCCAGCCACCGACCCGUUCCAUUAUCCAGCAGGCAACCAACAGCUAGGUAUUCUCUAUAUCUUGCCCGGCAGCCUGGCCAUUUCGCCCGAUCGCCCGCUUUGUCCCCGCUUUGCUUCUUUUUUCUUUUUUUUUUUCGCGACACAUUUUUUGCUGGAAUCCUCGGUAUAUCGCGAUCGUCGAUUUGCACCUGACAGUGGUCCGAAAUACGAAAGUUGAAGUGACAAGUCCUAGAAGGCUUGAAUAUACACCAAUACGGUCCUGACUCAGAGAGAUUGAUGUCCGGUCCGUGUGUCACCUCCCCGGCAAGCCGACAACCGAGACCCACAUACCUUGAACAGGCAACCCGUUGUCUGAUAUAUUAACUUGGUCUCCUCCCUUUUUCGUCUUGGGUUUCUCUUUAACUACCCCAUACGUACCCAACAACCUUGACCUUGACCUACAACAACCACAACAGCCAUAUAUGGUCUCGAAACCGGAUUCUUCCUUACCUUCAUCCACAAACUCAACACCAACACCCUCGAAAUACAACAAGCACUCAAGCAGGGAACAAGCUAGCAUCGCACCAACAACCACCACAACCAUUGAACGAACACCACGAUCCACCUGCUACAGACAACACACAUCACAAAACAUGUCUUCACCACAGGGCUCACCGCAGGGCCCCGUCGGCCAGUCCUACAUGCUUGUUCCUAAUCUCCACGUCCCGGACCCCACGGUGGACGAGAUAGAGCUUGACAACACCAACGCAUGGAUGGUAGCCACCGUUAUCGAGGACGAUGAUCUCAUGUUUGGCGGCAAGCCUUUGAGCGCAUGGUACGAGGAGGAUCGCAGACGACUGAGCUCUAGUAACGAGGAUGAAGAGGAGAUUCGAGGCCGACAGCGCGACCCCGUCGUAAGGUUCGAUGCCCACCAUCAACAUCAACACCAACACACCCAUCAUCAUCCGCAACUGCAGCACCAUCACCAUUAUCAACAUCAUACCGUCCAUCACCCACAUGUCGCUCAUACUCAUCAUACCACCAAGAAGACGGGCGAGAUCAAGCACUAAACAGCCCGAUACUUUUCGUGUUUCCUGGCGAUCACACCUCGGCUAUGCCAUCAUAGUUGGUGUCACACAGCGCAUACUUGUGUGCAACACAUGUUAUGCGACACCGGAUCGGUCCAUAUCACCAUGUCCAAUGGUACCGAGCCUCGAUCAAAAUCGCCCAAGAUACUGUCGGUUACACUGCAUCGCCGACCUCGGCUUCCAUAGGCUCGCCUUACUUAAUUCGACACCGAAGCACCUUUAUACAGAUUCUCACUUCGUUAUCCCGUCUUGGAAUAUACGGACGCCUUGGGCACGUGGUUACGAAGGACGAUACUUGAUACCCAUUACACUCCGGUCCUGGCGAUCGGACCCUACUCGCCCUCAUCGACCCUGUUUGGGUGCAUGGCACAGUCGUUUCCCUUAAUGAGAGUUCAACGAUGUUAUGCAAACCUUUUCUUUUGUUUGGUGUGCGGGUAAUAGUUCAUGCCCUCUCGCUCUUCUCUCUCUCUCUCUCUCUCUCUCUCACACUUGUUUGUUCAAAUGAUACCACGGGUUUAAAGGUGCACAUUGCAUACUUUGGAAUGGGUUACAGGAGUUUAUGGGACCGAUGCUUUGUUUGUCAUUUACAUAUUGAGCGUUGCCAGCCGGUGCCGGAUGAGUUUUGUGUCUGACUGACGGACGGGCGGUUUUCCGGUCGUUCACUAGAGAAUUGGAACUGGUACCGACGGCAUGUCCGGUUGGGGUGUACUAUGGUAUCACUGCUUGUAGAGAGAGGUAGUCAAUGCCUGGAGCAAUUGAACUUGGGAUCACAGCACUACUAUAUCCCUUCCUCAGAUUGGAUUUGCCUCGUCGCUUGGAGUUACUCAUCGUUUAUUUGCACGUGAAUGUUUACUACGCUCCUACGUCGUACUCGUGUCCACAGACCUUUCCGUUAUUGCUCGAAGACGUGAUUUCUUCCUAUCGGC